UGCAGGUCCGAGGCAGGGGAAAGCUUAGGUGCAUCUUGCUUUCCGAGUGCAGAGGAGAGAAGCGGGCGGCUGUCUCUUGGAGGAGGAAGUGUGGUUCUGUGUGACGUGAGCGAUUAGUUGACAUAGGUUCAGAACCCAUUGUUUUGCUGCGGAAGAAUCACAGGUCCUUCUUGACUGUUGAAGUCCUUUGGGAAAAUCUGGAAGAAACGGAUUUCCGUCCCAGAGCCAAAUUCCUGAUUUCAUUGUCUUAGUUUCAGAUGGAUAAUGGUUAAGGAACAAUCUGAAACUUGAUGCAGAAAGAAGAUAGAGCUAGUGAUAAUAGGUAAAAGUCUGCAGGUUUACCCACCAAAGAUAACUUUGGAAUGAAAAAACUUAUUGUGAAAUCAGCAUUGAAAUUUGUUGCCUGCUCCAAUCAAGAUUUGUAAACUACGGGAAAAAUCCUUCUGAAGUUUCCAGCUAUAAAUUUAUACAAAGAUAAUUGCAAAAUGUCUAGCAAGGAAGUGAAGACUGCUCUAAAAAGUGCUAGAGAUGCAAUCAGAAACAAAGAAUACAAAGAAGCUCUGAAACAUUGUAAGACAGUGUUAAAACAAGAGAAAAAUAACUAUAAUGCCUGGGUAUUUAUUGGUGUUGCCGCAGCCGAGCUAGAACAACCUGAUCAGGCCCAGGGUGCCUAUAAGAAAGCGGCUGAACUGGAGCCAGACCAAUUACUAGCUUGGCAGGGGUUAGCAAGCCUGUAUGAGAAAUGUAAUCAGAUAAAUGCUAAGGAUGACUUACCUGCUGUUUACCAAAAGCUCCUGGAUCUUUAUGAAAGUGUUGACAAACAGAAGUGGUGUGAUGUCUGUAAGAAACUUGUGGAUCUGUAUUACCAAGACAAGAAACACAUAGAGGUGGCUCGAACAUGGCACAAGUUGAUAAAGAUACGGCAAGAAGCAGGUGCAGACAACCAAGAGCUUCAUCAGCUGUGGGGGAAAUUGACUCAGUUGCUGGCUGAGAGCACUGAGGAUCAGAAUAAUGAGACCCAGCAAUUGCUUUUAACUGCUUUUGAGAAUGCACUGGAUUUAUCAGAUAAGAUUCCUAGUGAAGAUCAUGAAGUACUUUAUAGACAUUUCAUUCAGUGUUUAUCCAAAUUUCCUCAUGAGACUGCUAGGUUGAAGAAGGCCUGUGAAGGAAUGAUAAACAUCUACCCCACUGUGCAGUAUCCAUUAGAAGUGCUUUGUUUGCAUUUAAUUGAAUCAGGAAUUCUUACUGACGAGGGACAACAGUAUUGUUGUAGACUAGUGGAAAUGGAUUCAAAAAGUGGUCCAGGCCUCAUUGGUUUAGGCAUUAAAGCAUUACAAGACAAAAAGUAUGAAGAUGCUGAUAGGAACUUAAGAGAAGGGUUAAAAGAAAGCCCUCUCUGCACAACUGGAUGGUAUCAUCUGGCAGAAGCCCAAGUCAAAAUGCAUAGACCUAUGGAAGCUAUUCUUUCAUGCAAUCAAGCUCUGAAGAACAUAGAUAAUGUUGGUGUGUCUGGUGGCAGUCUUCAUCAGAAGAAUCUUUGUCUUCGUUUGAAAGCAGAGGCUUUGAUUAAACUCCCAGAUAAUGAAUCUGCAGAGGAAGCAAUUUGUACUCUUGACCAGGUUUCUGAUGCAAAUAAUAUCCCAGGACUUUUGGUUCUCAAAAGCUUGGCCUAUCUGAACAAAGGCUCAUUAAAUGAAGCUUCAAAGAUUAUGGAAGACGUUCUCUCUUCUUACCCUGACCUAGCUGAAGCUCAUGCCCUGGAGGCCUUUAUUCAUUUUACCAAAAAGGACUAUCUACAAGCAGAAAAAUGUUUUCAGAGAGCUCUUGAGAAAGAUGCUGAAGUUGCUGAAUAUCAUUACCAACUUGGGUUAACAUAUUGGUUCAUGGGUGAAGAAACAAGAAAAGAUAAAACAAAGGCUCUUACCCACUUUUUAAAGGCUGCCAGACUGGAUACAUAUAUGGGCAAAGCUUUCUGCUAUUUAGGCCAUUAUUACAGAGAUAUAGCAGGAGAUAAAAACAGAGCUCGUGGAUGUUAUAGGAAAGCUUUCGAAUUGGAUGACACUGAUGCUGAAUCUGGAGCUGCAGCUGUCGAUUUAAGCGUGGAGCUUGAAGAGAUGGAAACUGCCUUAGCUAUCCUCACAACAGUAACUCAGAAGGCAAGUGCUGGAACUGCCAAAUGGGCCUGGCUUAGGCGAGGACUGUACUAUUUGAAAGCUGGUCAACAUUCUCAAGCAGUGGCUGAUUUACAGGCAGCAUUAAGGGCAGACCCAAAGGACUUCAAUUGUUGGGAAUCAUUAGGAGAGGCAUACUUAAGCAGAGGUGGCUAUACAACAGCCUUGAAAUCCUUCACAAAAGCCAGUGAGCUGAACCCAGAAUCCACAUACAGUGUGUUUAAGGUGGCAGCAAUACAGCAAAUCCUAGGCAAAUAUAAGGAGGCUGUAGCUCAAUACCAGCUGAUCAUUAAAACGAAAGAAGAUUAUGUACCUGCUUUGAAAGGUUUGGGUGAAUGCCAUCUCAUGAUGGCAAAAGCAGCUCUAGUCGAUUAUCUUGAUGGGAAAGCUGUCGACUACAUAGAAAAAGCACUGGAAUAUUUUACUUGGGCUCUGCAGCAUCGAGCUGAUGUGUCUUGCCUUUGGAAGCUGGUUGGGGAUGCUUGUACCAGUCUGCACGCUGUCUCACCAUCUAAAGUGAAUGUUAAUGUCUUAGGAGUCCUUCUAGGCCAGAAAGGAGGAAAACAAGUAUUAAAGAAAAAUGAGCUCCUCCAUCUUGGAGGAAGGUGUUACGGGCGUGCAUUAAAACUGAUGUCUACAUCUAAUACAUGGUGUGAUCUUGGAAUUAAUUAUUAUCGUCAAGCACAACAUCUAGCAGAAACUGGCAGCAACAUGAAUGAUCUUAAAGACUUGCUGGAGAAAUCAUUACAUUGUCUGAAAAAGGCAGUGAGACUCAACAGUAAAAGUCACUUAUACUGGAAUGCUCUCGGUGUGGUUUCAUGUUAUAGUGGUAUUAAAAAUUAUGCCCUUGCUCAGCAUUGUUUCAUCAAAUCAAUCCAGUCAGAGCAAAUUAAUCCUGUUGCAUGGACCAACUUGGGAGUGUUAUACCUUGCAAAUGAAAACAUUGAGCAAGCUCAUGAAGCUUUCAAAACAGCUCAGUCCCUUGAUCCAUCUUAUUUAAUGUGCUGGAUUGGACAAGCUCUUAUUGCGGAGACAGUUGGAAGUUACGACACCAUGGAUCUUUUCAGGCACACCACAGAACUCAGUAUGCACACUGAGGGAGCAAUCGGUUAUGCAUACUGGGUCUGUACUACAUUGCAAGAUAAAAGCAACAGAGAAACAGAACUGUACCGGUACAACAUCCUCCAGAUGAAUGCUAUCCCAGCAGCACAGGUUGUUUUGAGUAAAUACAUAGAAAGAAUUCCAAACUAUGCUCCAGCUCUCACAAUGUUGAGUUAUUUAAAUGAACAUCUACAGCUGAAAAAGGAAGCAGCAGAUGCACUCCACAGGGCAAUUUUGUUGUUACAGAAUGCAGAAGACCAAGUUAAUUAUCAUGAUGCAAUUAGAAAUUAUGGCAGAUUGUUAUGUUCCAUUGGUGAAUAUGAUAAAGCUAUCCAGGCUUUUAAGUCAACACCCCUUGAAGAGUUAGAAGACAUCAUAGGUUUUGCUCUGGCUUUAUUUAUGAAGGGUCUGUAUAAAGAAAGCAGUAAAGCCUAUGAGAGAGCCUUGUCUAUUGUUGAAUCAGAGCAAGACAAAGCCCAUAUCUUGACAGCUCUGGCAAUAACGGAGUAUAAACAAGGAAAAAUGGAUGUAGCCAAGACAUUGCUGUUUAAAUGCUCUGUCUUAAAGGAGCCAACCAUAGAGAGCCUUCAGGCUCUGUGUGCCUUGGGAUUGGCAAUGCAGGAUGCUCCACUGUCCAGAGCAGCUCUUAACGAGUUACUGAAGCACGUCAGACAGAAAGACAAUGAGUAUCAGAGGUGCCUUCUUACUUCAGCGAUUUAUGCGCUGCAAGGCCGCAGCGUGGCAGUGCAGAGACAAGCAUCUAAAGCUGUUCACAGUAACCCAGCUGAUCCUGCUCUUUGGUCUCUGUUGUCCCGAGUGGUUGCUCAGUAUGCGCAACGAAAUGCAAAGGGAGGUGCUGUAGCAGGAAAUGUGGCUCAUAUUCUGGACUCAAAUCAUGGAAAGAAAGCAUUACUGUACACUGCAGUAAAUCAGUUGGCUAUGGGAAGCAGUUCAGCAGAAGAUGAAAAAAAUAUUGCACUAAAGACCAUUCAGAAGGCAACUCUCCUUUCUCCAGGUGAUCCUGCUAUCUGGGCUGGGCUAAUGGCAGCUUGUUAUGCUGAUGAUAAGCUGGCUCUAGUGCACAACACUCAGCCAAAAAGGAUGGAUUUGUAUUUGGCACUGUUAUCUGCUGUUUCUGCUUCAAUUAAAGACAAAGAAUUCUUCGAAAGUUACAACGAAUCUCUGGAAAAGUGGUCUCUCUCCCAAGCUGUCACUGGUCUAGUAGACACAGGAAGAAUAUCAGAAGCUGAAGCCCUUUGCACAAAGAAUUUAAAAGGUAACCCUGAUCAGCCAGCUGUUAUCUUACUUUUGAGACAAGUGCAGUGUAAACCACUCCUGGAAUCACAAAAGCCUCUCCCGGAUGCUGUCCUUGAAGAGCUGCAAAAAACUGUUAUGUCCAACUCAACCUCCGUUCCAGCGUGGCAGUGGUUGGCGCACAUAUAUCAGUCUCAAGGAAUGAUGGGUGCUGCAGAGAUGUGUUAUAGGAAGAGUCUACAAGUUGCAUCCCAGCAGGGCAGUUGGAGUGGGAAGCUGUCGAGUCUGUUGAGGCUGGCACUGCUCGCAUUGGAAGUCUGCAUGGCCAACAUUUCAAAUGAUCACUGGCCAUCCUUGGUUCAGGAAGCUACAACUGAGGCCUUGAAGCUUUGCUUUUGUCCACUGGCUAUCCUUUUACAAGCUUUGUUACAGUUCAACCGCAAAAUGGGGGCAAGAGAGACACGGCGACUUUUGGAGAGACUGGUAUAUCAGCCUGGCUAUCCCAAAUCUAUUGUAUCAACUGCACGUUGGUACCUACUGAGGCACUUACAUGCGAAAAAUGAUGGCGAGCUCAUUGAUGUGCUGGUAAACAAUGCCAAAACUCAUGGAGAUACAAGAGCACUGGACCUGAAUCAAAAACUGUCCUCAUAAUAACAAUAUAUUUUUAUAUAAAGCAAGCAAAGAAAAAGCUGUUAGAGUGAAACAAUGAAUCAGUACUCUUCCCCAAAGCAACAUUUUUUAAAAAAACUAUGUGUUAUUCAUUGCUUUUUUUAAAUCUAAAGAUGUUUAAGUUCUUAAACUAAGGCUGUAAUUUUCCACGAACUCUAAUGUAACUUUAAUCUGAAAAACAGCUUUGAUUUUGAGAAGUCUGUAAUAAGAGGAAAAACCAUGUUUCCCUUAGUUAUUCAACAGUUAUUUGUAAAGCAUUUUUUCCAUUUUUGCAUGGUGCACAAUAGGAUUUUUGUGUGAUCCCUUAUAAUAAAGCCUUAAUAGUCGUUUUCUAAAUAAUAUGCAAAAGCAAAUUAGCACAAUGUAGACUUUAGUUUCUUUUAUGAAUUUUUAGAGUCCAGCUCAUCAUAAAAUCCAAAUAAUCUUAUGACCUAUUUUACUAGUAGUUGACCUCGAUAAAGCAUGAUAUAAGUGUUGGUGAGUCUUAAAUUGCUAAUGGACAUGUUUAUAUAAUUCAAGACAUUCAGGUGUAUGACUGCAUUUCAAAAAAAAUGAAUGGAAAUUUUUGGAAUAUAAUGCUGACAAUAAUUGAUCAUGUAAUUCCUUCAAUUAUGAUGAAAAUACUUGAAUUUUCUGAAAUAAAAAAUAUAGUGUCUUAUUUUCUUUAUACUAUCAAUAUCAAUAUAAUUUUUAAAUUUUAAAUUUUUGAGAGCACAUUUACUUAUUUUAUUUCAGUUUUUCAAAAAGCCAUUUAUAUAUUUUUGAAAAAACUGUAUGUCACUUACUUUGAAUUAGUGUUUUAAAAAUGUUUUUAGACAUUUACAUAUAUUAUUUAUUGUACAAAAAUGUGUGGUUGUAUUUUAUGUAUGUAGUUUUUCCAGGCCAGCACCUUCACAAUGUUACUUUGUGAGAUAAGUUGAUAAUAUUCUAUAAUUAAAUUUUACUUUGGAGGUUAAUCUGUUGAACUACUUUUAAUUUGAUGAAUUCCCAACUUUGGCUGAAUAUUUCAUCAUUCUGACCUGUGCAAUAAUAAUAUUUAAGGUUGGGGCCUAGUUCUCUGCAUUUUAAGGGCGUGCCUGAGAGAUUCGUAUGCCCAUUCAGGUUUGUGCACCACUAGAUUAACCCAAUAAUGAUACUCCCCUUUAUUUCUUUUUUUAAAAAAGAUUAGGCAACUUGCCAUUCUUUCCCCAUUUGUUUCUUACCCUCACAUAUGUCAGACUGAUUCUGUGCGUUAACAGUCUGGCUUGUAGACUUAGCCCAGUUGUGCUGCGAAAUGCCAGCGCAGCCAGUGCCCGAGCCCUCCUGCUCCCUCAGGACAGCGCUCAGCCUUUCCCUCCAGAGCAGGCUGUCCUCAUCUGCGUAAAUGCUUGGGAUUCAGUUCUAGGUCUCCAUCGGCUUCCUGGGCAUCACUUCACAAGGUAAAACCUGUGGUGUGGAGUGGUUAGCCUUAGCUCCAGGCCUACAAUCAAAGAGUAACUCUGUUUCCUAGUUUUGGCCUCCAGGGGCCUCAGACCCAGGUUUUCUAGAAGGCAAGACUGGGAAAAAACCCUACCCUAUCGCAGGUGAUUCUUUUUGAUAUAGAUGUACACACAUCCUCUUCUUGUUUACUGCCUUCUUUUCAAAUUACUGUCCGGUUACUAUGAACCUUAAAUCACGGUGUAAUUUUUACAGACCUUACUUCAUGCAGACCUAUGCUAAGUGUUUUAAACAUUGCCAUUUAAGCCUAGUUAGCAAAGGAGAGGGGUGCUAAACAGUAUGCUUAAAGCAAAGGAAAUUCCCAGUGAAUCAGUGCUAUUAGAUUCUAGGAAUUUUAAAAGUAGCCGAAAUUUCCCUUCAGAGUUUAUUCAUAAGCUUAAUUAGAGAACUUACAUUAAAUCUUAUUUCCUGAAGUACCAAUAUUUAGCAUUUAUAUUAUUUCAUUGUUUUUGUUAGAUUUUUUUUUAGAAUUAUAGUGCUUUUUCUGCUCAUUUUUACCUACCAUUUGGCUAUUACUGACUAAUUAGAUGUUUAUAGACUAGGUUGGUAUCUGGUAAUCAUUUUCUGUGGUAGAAAUACAGUUCAGCUUAUGAAUAAACUUUUGGAACACAAUCUGGGAUCAUAUAUUUCUUAAGGUGUCUCUUGCAUUAAUUUCUGGUUAGGAUAAAAAUACAACUUUGCUAUACUCUUUCACUUUAUAAAAUGAGUUGACAAACUUCCUUCAACUUGGUAAUCUACAUAGAACAGCAUUGGACAGAAAUACUCAAGUUACUGUACAUUAAGGGAAUUAAAAGCUGUACAUUAAGGGAUUAAAACAGUAUGAAACAUUAGGAAAAUAUCCACUGAUAAGUAAUAUGUGGGUAUGAAAUGAUACAUUAUUUGGUUGUCCCAUAGAAAGUUUGAUGUCUGCUUUGGGGAAAUUGUAUAGGCACAACAAAAGGAAGCAUAAUUCAUGUAUCAGUCAUUGUGGCUUGCAGAUCCAUUUCAAUUUUUGCACAUUAAAAAUGUGG